CUUCGAUUGAUAUUUCGACAGCGACCCUAUGGAUCGGCUCCUAGUUCACCAGCCUUCGAAUGGAGAGUUAUGAAGCUAAUACCGCUUCAUAAUUUACGGACACCCUCGGUUUCCGUCCUAAGCUUCCUGAGAUCGCAACUUUUCGAUGUGGCCGAGACCCCCACAUCGCGAUGCGCCUCCGUGAGGGGGAAGGCUUGGAGGGGGUUGUCGACAAGGGCGGCAGGGGAAUUGGGGAGUGGUGGACGGCGAGGACAGGAGUGGGCUGGAAAGGACACGGUACAGUUAGGCUUCACGGCUUCCCGCAGGAAAUGCUUUCUCGAGUCCAGAAUCCGCUGCUUAGGAUCCAAUGCAUUUCGAUCAUCUGCUCGGAUACUCCACUCGCCCUUUGAUUUCCUCGAAAACCCCCUCCUCUGCCGUCGCGCUUUCUCUACGACACCACAAAACCGAGUAUGGCACCUCUGGGGCUCGGGGAAACAUCGAACCACAAAGCCACGCGAAGAACACACCUCACCACUUACGAGCUUCCUUGAUGAUAAUGGAGGCGGAUUAGGCGGUCUGGGGAGAGUCACAAGGCCUACGAAUGAGUUGAAGCUGCGGUGUACCGAGCUAGAUGAGCAGGGGAAUGUCACCAUGGUCAGCGGCGAGUUCAAGAAGAGCGAGCUGAUUGCGAAGUACGGUCUUCUCCCCCGCGAUCUCCGCAAAAUUGACUCCUCCCUCCUCCCUCACAUUUUCGUCCGCCCAUCCGCUAUCCUGAUCAAUUUACUCCAUCUCCGCGUCCUAAUUAAGCACAAUCGUGUGCUAGUGUUCAAUGCCUAUGGCUCCACAGACUCGUACAACCAAUCCGUCUUCAUGUACGAUCUCGACGCAAAACUACGACAGAAGGAAUCCCCUGCAAACGGCACAUUGGCGUACGAAUUCCGCGCCCUAGAAGCCGUCCUGAUAAGCGUAACUCUUGCGCUCGAAAGCGAAUUCGAAGGCGUCAGCGAGCCCGUCGUCAGAGUUCUCCGAGAACUCGAAGAAGAUAUCGAUAGGGAUAAACUCCGAUAUUUGCUCAUUUACUCGAAGAAAUUGGGUACAUUUGAACAGAAAGCAAGAUUGGUCCGAGACUCGCUGACGGAGCUUCUGGAAGCCGACGAUGAUCUGUCGGCGAUGUAUCUGAGCGAGAAAGCGGAGGGCAAAGUCCGCAAUGAGCAUGAUCAUACUGAAGUUGAGAUGUUGCUGGAAUCGUACCAUAAAGUUGCCGAUGAAAUCGUGCAAGCGGCUGAGAACUUGGUGUCGAGUAUUCGCAAUACUGAGGAAAUCGUCAAAGCCAUCCUCGACGCGAACCGCAACUCCCUCAUGCUACUCGACAUUAAGUUCUCCAUCCUCACUCUCGCUAUCACGGCCGGCACCUUCGUCGCCGCCCUCUACGGCAUGAAUCUCAAAAACUUCCUCGAGGAAUCUGGCAUCGGCUUCUUUGGAAUCUCCGCUUGGUGCACCGUGUUCGGACUCCUGGUCGCCACCUACGGUCUCACUAGACUGCGGAAAGUGCAGCGCGUGAGUAUGUGGGGUCAUGGCCAUGGUAGUGGCGGUACGAGAGUUGAUGGGUUUGGGGAGGGGUUAGGGUUGGGAGCUGUGUCGAGAUUGAGGCCGGGAGAGACUUUGGGGGAUUUGGUUAAGAGGGAGAGCGCGGUUGCGAGGAAGUUGGCCAGGGCCGAGGCGAAGGCUGAGGAGAGCUUUAAGGGGUAAGCGAGUCGCUUGCAUUGUUGGGUGAAGUUGUGUGUCUUGCUUGUACAGACAUGUUUCCGAUUCUCUGCUCUAAGAUUCCCCCCUCAUCGUCCAUUAUCUUAUUAUUGACUAGGAACGGUUGGUCGGUUAGGCAUUGUAGACUGGAUUUGGGCUUGCAUAGCGCUGGUGUCUUGGGUUGUAUCCCUUACUCGCACGCAAUUGGGGGCGACUAUCUCCCUAUGCCUUUCACGUAUUGCAUGCAUUUCUAUUGUAGAGUAGAGUAG